GGGACUGGACUGACGGGUCAGUGUUCUGGGAAGCGCAGAGGCGGCUUGACUGGCAGCGAGCGGCCCAUGCCACAGACGGCUCAGGGGGCCCAGGCACUGGGGGGUGGCUCCUGCGCCCCGGGCCCGGCAGAGCGCGGGCAGGGGACCGGGGCCCCGGGGCCCCACGUCCUCAUGGCCACCUCUGAACCCGCAGCCCCGCAGAAGGAGCGUUCGGCCCGGCUGAUGGCCAAGAACUGCUGGAACGUCUUCUGGGGAUUCUGGGACUACGAGACGCCCAAAGUGAUCGUGGUGAAGAACAGAAACUUGGGCUUCAUCUACCGCGCAGUGCAGCUGCUCAUCCUUCUCUACUUUGUCUGGUAUGUGUUCAUCAUUCAAAAAGGUUACCAGGACAGUGAGACUGGGCCUGAGAGCUCUGUCAUCACGAAGGUCAAGGGCAUCACCAAGUCCCAGGACAAAGUAUGGGAUGUAGAAGAGUAUGUGAAACCCCCUGAGGGGGGCAGUGUAUUUUCCAUCAUCACUCGGGCAGAAAUCACUCCCUUCCAGACCCUGGGAACCUGCCCUGAGAGCAUCCGCAUUCGCAACGCUACCUGCUUCUCUGAUGACGAUUGCAUAGCUGGGGAGAUGGACAUGCUGGGCAAUGGAGAGAGAACUGGACGCUGUGUUCCCUAUUACUUUGGGACCAAGAAGACAUGUGAGGUGUCAGCCUGGUGCCCUGUGGAGGACGGAGCGGCCGUCAGUGAGUUCCUGGGAAAGAUGGCCCCCCAGUUCACCAUCCUCAUCAAGAACAGCAUACAUUACCCCAAAUUCCAAUUUUCCAAGGGAAACAUAAGGGACUAUGAUGAUGGCUACCUGAAACACUGCACCUUCAAUGCUGAUACCGACCUCUACUGUCCCAUAUUUAAAUUGGGCUUCAUUGUGGAACAGGCAGGAGAGAACUUCACAGAGCUGGCCCAGAAGGGAGGAGUCAUUGGGGUCAUUAUCAACUGGAACUGUGACUUGGACCUGUCUGAGUCCAAAUGCAAUCCCAAAUACUCCUUCCGGAGGCUCGACCCCAAGCACAUCCCGGCUUCCUCCGGCUACAAUUACAGAUUUGCUAAGUACUACAACAUCAAUGGCACAGCCUCCCGCACGCUCAUCAAGGCCUAUGGGAUCCGAAUUGAUGUUAUCGUGCAUGGUCAGGCUGGGAAAUUUAGCCUGAUUCCCACCAUCAUUAACGUGGCCACAGCGCUGACUUCCAUUGGAGUGGGCUCCUUCCUCUGCGACUGGAUCUUACUGACCUUCAUGAACAAAAAUAAGGUCUACAGUCACCGGAAGUUUGACAAGGUACAGCCUACUCCCCCUCCCUCUCUCUCCCUUGGGCAGCGCCCUGCAGACAGCUCUACAAACCAGAGCCAGACUUCCAAGCCAGAGUUCCACUUCCCCUUGCUACAGAUGAGCAAACUGAGGUUCAGGGAAGGACCCCAGGAAAAUGACUUGCAGAAGAGGGGCCAGUAGCCCAGAGCCCUAAUCCCUAUCAUGCAGAAAUCUCUAGCCUGGGGAUCAGCCUGUACUCCAUCUCUGCCCCUGGUCCAAGCAGAUGGUGGAUACCCAGGAUCCGAGUGAAGAACAAGGGCCUUCCAGCCCACAGGCUUCCUCACAGGACUCCAUGCCCAUGGAACCCAAAGGCUUGUCCCAGCUCUGAACUCCCAGCACCAUCUCCACUUUGUCCCUGUGCUGCUUAGAGACUGAGGCCCUGGCUGGGACCAUGGGGUCAUUUGAAGUCAACAGCUCCACUGAAAGAGGGUCUCUGGGCCCAGGCUGCUGGUACUGAGGGGCAGCUCGGAUCAACAGGCCUGUGCUGGGCCCCGUGUUGUCUGUAUUCUUGUGGGGUUCUGGCUGAAGGGGUAUAGAAGAGAUGGUUCUCUCCCACUCCAGUCUCCAACCUCUUAGCCUUUCCCUCAUCUUCCCAAGUCAAUCAUUUCAGAACUCUGCCUCUGAACCAGUCACACUCCAGAUUCUCAGCAAGGAAGUUGGUUUGUUCCCUCCAACUGAAACCUCAAUUCCCUCCCCUACACUGGACACAUUACAAUUCCCUCUCUUUUUCCCCUUGAGUCUGCUGCCAGAUGGCUUGGUGACAGAUACUCCUUCCUAAGACCCAAGUUCAUAUUCCAAGGUUGGGUGGGAGAAAUUUCCGUAUCAUGCCCCUCUGGCGUCAUCACCCUGGCAUAUAUGUCCCCUCAUACCCCCCAAUGAACCCCCUUAUGCAAAUAGGAACAAGUUGGCAGUGAGCUCCAAUAAAUUAUAUGUGAUCAGAGCCUGCUGGACCU